AUGGCGCUCACAUUUCCCGGCAUGUUCUCACUUGAGAACAGGACGGCCGUCAUCACGGGAGCCACGAGAGGCAUCGGGGCUGCCAUGGCUGUUGCCCUGGCGGAAGCGGGGGCGGAUCUCGUACUGGUCCAGAGAGACACCUCCAACACAACCACAAAACAAGCCAUCGAAUCCCUCUCGCGAAAAGCGACAAUCUACACCGCCGACCUCGCCUCUCAACCAGACGUCUCGGGGCUAGCGAAACGGAUUCUCGAAGAUGGCCACGACGUCUCCAUCCUGGUGACCUGCGCGGGCAUCCAGCGACGGCACCCCGCGCACGAGUUUCCGUUGGAGGACUGGGACGAGGUGCUGCAGGUGAACUUGAGUAGUGUCUUUGCCCUGUGUCGCGACUUUGGGGCGUACAUGCUCACUCGACCGCCCCUGGGACAGCAGCAAGGACAAGGGCAAGGGUACCGUGGCUCCAUUAUCAAUAUUGCCAGCCUGGUCAGCUUUUCGGGCGGACUUACCGUGCCGGCCUACGCUGCCGCCAAGGGCGGGAUUGCCCAGCUUACAAAGGCGCUCAGCAACGAGUGGGCCGGCAAGGGUGUCAAUGUGAAUGCCAUCGCACCGGGCUAUAUCCGCACUGACAUGAACGAGGCGCUGAUCAACAAUGAGACCCGCGCCAGGCAGAUUCUCGAGCGCAUCCCCAUGGGCAGGUGGGGCGUGCCUGAGGACUUCAGGGGCCCUGUCGUCUGGUUGGCGAGUCCGGCCAGCGCGUAUGUGUCUGGUCAUGUACUGGUUGUCGAUGGGGGGUGGAUGGGGAGGUAG